UUUGUUCAUCAAAACAAUCUAACCCCAAAUCAGAACAUUUUUCUGUUGUACUUAUCAUGGAGGAUUCAACGUCAAGGGCAGAAGCAAUUAGGCCAAUGUUUCUUAAAGCCGGUAUUCCUCUGGCUGUCUCUGCAGCUGGUUUUAUCAUUUCCAAGAUCUUAUCAAACAGAAGGGGAAAUCAUGAAGCUACUCCAAUAGAAGAAACCCCGGUAAGUUCUCUCCAAACCAAUUCUCAAGAGUUCAGGGGUGGAGAGAGCUUUCUUAGCCUUGAUUCUGCAUCUUCAACUUGUGAAGAAGAUCAAGAACAGAUUGAAAAACAUUCCCAUUUUAUGCAAAUGAGUGGAAGUUAUGAAAUUGUGAAUAAGAAUGAUUAUGAAGAGGAAAUUUUAGGCCUUAGAAUACGGAUUGAAGAGCUUCAAAAGAGGGAAUUGGAAUUGGAGACGCAGUUUCUUCACUAUUGUGAUGUUAAAGAACAAGAAUCUAUUCUAAUGGAACUCAAGAACAUGCUCUUACUAAAGACUGCUUAUCUUGAGUUCAUGCAUAGAGAAGCUUCAUCAAUGGAGGAUGAGAUGAAAAGGCUUGAAAAUUUAAUGGCAGAGUAUUAUAGGGUUCUUCAGCAGCUUGAACAUUGGAAAUCAGAGAAUAGAUUACUUCAGAGAAAAGUAAAGAAGCUUUCAAGAAAAACAAAAGCACAAUCUCAGAUAAUAUGGGAGAAAGAUUUGAAGAUUAAAGCUGGAGAAGCUGAGAUUUGGAGGAACUAUGAUGCGUUAGAAGAAAGAUCAAAUGUUAUUGAGAAGUUGAAGGAUGAAGUCAGGGAGCUAGAAUCUCUAGUUCAGCAACUUCAGGAGCAGAAAUAUGAGCUUGUAAACCAGCUAAACAUGAUGGAAAAUUCAGCUUCAUCAGUCUCCAAGAUUGAAGCAGAAGGAAUAACAAUAGAAGACUACAACCAGCUUGCAGAUGAAUAUGAACAGCUGCAAAGGGCCAGGGAAGCUGAAGUAUCAGAACUGAUCUACUUAAGAUGGAGCAAUGCAUGCUUGAAGCACGAAUUAAUGAGGUACCAUGCGCAAAAAGAAUGUGAGCAGGAGGAGAAAAACAAUCCAGAACCUGAAUUUGAAGGAAGUGGAGAAAUUGGGGAUUUUGGCAUGGGGCAGCACUUGGAUGGUCUGGUGCUAGAGCAGCAAGGUGGUCUUGUUUGCUCAAGGAAGAAGAAGCUGCUGCAGAAAUUCAAGAGAUGGGUGGAAGGGAGUGAGAAGAUGAAACCAAAGAUGGAGGAAAAAGAGAAUCAUGAAACCAAGUGCUUUGGAAGGCAUUCAGUUUCUGAUGAAAUGGAAGAGGUAGAGGAAAGUGUUGCUCAUGCAAGGAAAUCAUGUUCUAGUGCUUAAAAACACCAUUUUGGAAGAAUUUAAAUAAAAAUCAUGUACCCAAUAAUAUGCUACUUGAUGGUUGGUAAUAUAUAAUUUGAAUGUUA